UUUCGUUUUCUCUCCCUCCCGCCAGUCCCACCAUUGAUGCGAUGCAAGUGCGCCGAACGGUUUAUGUUGGUCUUGGUUGUUACGGUUUCUUGUGUUUUCUUUGCUCGUCAAUGAAAACGAAUCUAUGUCAUGCAUUAUAUAUCUAAGAAGACUAGUUAAUCAUGGGAAUAAUAGCAUGGUUUUAUGACUUUUUCGGACGGCCUCAACCCACCGAUAAUGAUCAUAGCAGAAAGCGGAGAGCUGACGACAUUGGUGGUGUGCCAGACAAUAAGUUAAGACGUCUGGAAGGCACUCAACGGAAUGGUGAUGCUCACAUAAGUCAUCAUGUUGUUAACAGGACAAAAGAUAGAUCUAAUAUGUUUGUGAGUUCUCAACAUAGAGGAAAGCCUACUUUUAUUUCUAGUUGGGAUCAGAUUGGGAAAGAAAAUGAUUUCCGAUCUGCGUCAUUAAAUAAUCUCAAAAUGGAGCCAACAAAUAAUGUAGAUGAGGUUCCAGAGGUUCAGAUACUAGAAGAGCAUAAUUUUAAGUCUUGUAAAAAAGGCCCGAGGAACAGUAAUCCUGCUUACAAUGUAACCUGCGGCAAUGGCUUGAGUGGUGUGGGUCAAUAUACAUCACCUCAGAGUUCUUGUGAUACAGAAGAUGUGGAAUUUCUCAAAGCCGUAAAGCCUCCACAAGCAAGUAGUAGUAGUAGUGCUAAAAUUGCAAAGGAAAGAACAUCUGUAUCCAGAGGUGAUCAUGGACAUCGCAGCACACCUAUCCAGAGAAGACCAUUUAAGACCAUAGAUCCGUCAUCUUCAGUCAGAGAUGCAGUCACACCUAUUCUGUUCUCACACAGAAGAUCUGUAGUUCAUUCACCUGAGCAAUCAGAAGUUGAAGUUUUGCCAUCACCAAACAUGACAAAUGGAGUCAGUCCAUGUCACUUCAGAAAUCUGAAUUCUUCAUUGUUAUCUGAAGCAAGCAACAUUCAGAGGAAUAGUAAUACUUGUACGCUUUCUCAUAUGAAGAAAGUCCGUGACGAACAAGUGUAUGGCCAGCUAUUUCAGCAGAUUGUUGGUGUUGAACGGCCAAUCAAGAUGUGCCGUCCAAAAUCCCCUGAUGUCGUGGAAGAAAUGAAUACCUCAAUGAGCUCAAGUAUUCAAAAGUCAAGUUUUAGAUCAUCACCCUUAAAAUCUAGAGUUCCUCAAUUGUCUCCCACCACUCCAACUAGGUGCAGACGUAUUAAUGUUCCAGUUGAGAUUCAACCAACAGAACCCUCAACAUCUGCAUCUCGGCAGCUUUUAGAGGACCAAGAUUUACAAAUUAUAGGUCAGGUACAAGCUACUUCACCAGUAAAACCAACUGAUCCUGAUUUACUAACUGAAAUUUUACAAAAAUAUGCUCUUAAAGACAAACAAUUGGAACAAGCAAAAGAAAUGGAGAAACAAUGCCGCCUUCUUUCAGAGAGAAAUAGGCAAGCAGAAGAACAAAGAAAGAAUCAGAUGGAAAAUGCCCUCAUAGCUGAAAUAACUUCUUAUCUCCACAUUGUGGAAGAGAUUGAGGAAGAGGAGCCUCCAUCUCUUCCUGUCCUCACUCCAGAUAUGGAGUCUGAAAUUGACAGAGCAUUAGGAGCACACCCAGAUACUGUACUUGCUAAUGCUUUUAACUUGACCAUUAAAGGAAGGGACAUGCGGACAUUGAAGCCCCUCGCAUGGCUAAAUGAUGAGGUUAUUAACUUCUACAUGAAUUUACUCAUUGAAAGAGGAAAGUCAAAGGAUUAUCCAUCAGUCCACGCAUUUAACACAUUUUUUUUCCCUAAACUAAGUAAUAGUGGCUAUGAUUCUCUUAAACGGUGGACCAAAAAGGUUGACAUAUUUUCUCAUGACUACAUUUUGGUUCCUAUUCACCGAGGGAUGCAUUGGUGUAUGGCUAUCAUAGAUAUGAAUGAAAAGGUUAUUCGUUAUUAUGAUAGUAUGGAUGGGCGCUUUCCCCAAUGUGCUGAUGCACUAUUAACGUACUUACAAAAAGAAUCUAUGGACAAGAAGAAACAGCCUUUUGAUACAUCUGGUUGGGUAAAAGAACAUGCUGAGAAAAUUCCUCAGCAAAACAAUGGAAGUGAUUGUGGUAUGUUCGCUUGUAUGUAUGCGGAAUAUGUGAGUAGAAACGCCCCUAUUUCCUUUUCGCAAGAUGAUAUGCCUUACUUCAGGCGGAAAGUAGUUUAUGAAAUCCUGAAAGCCAAGCUUCUUACCUGAAAGUUUCAUAACUUUGUAUAGACCAAGAGCAAUUGCAUUUGACACACAAAUGCCAGAGAGACUGAGCUUAAUUGUGUGUGUUUCAAGUGUUUGCUAGUCAAGCCACAUCAAUAUUUUUAUAGAUCACACAGUUCUUGCAUACAACAAAGAAGAUGUUAGUGAACGGACCAACUAUCGGUCUGGCAGUACGCAAAACAGAUCGGAAAUUUUAGCUAAAAAACUAUGGGCCCACACCGCUUCCCCAUGUCUACGUCGAUCGACAGCACUCUGGCGGCGCACGAGGUCGUCCGCAGGUCGACGUGGCGACAAGUAUUAAGUGAUACAGUGGUGAAGCUCCUGGGACUGAUGCUGAUGAGCUUAACAGCCCAAUUCUAAUCUCACGCCUUUUAUUUUUAGAUACAGAUAAAUUUUCAUGAUGUGGUGUCUACUUAGCUUGCUCUCCACUAUAACCAUACUAUGUACUACUUGACCGGUGGUCUAAUUGCUGUUCUGUAUUAGAGUGGUGUAUGCUCCCAUGAGGACUCAAUAUUUUUUUUCUGAUCAGUAGACUGGUUUUUAAGUUAUGGUAACCUUCCCAAGUGUUCUGGACAAAAUCCGUACUUUAUUGUGUAAUUUUUCUACUAUUUUCAUCAUUUUUUCUGUACAUGCUAAAGUACAUGUCUCUGGCUUAAAUUUAUCAUGGGUCUCCGCGUGCGCGCGCGCGUGUGUAUCUGUCGACAUGCAAAAGUUAAAUUUUCUUUGUUUUCAUAUGAAUAAGUUCUUUAGGGUGUUGAGCAUGUAUCAUUUUUGUGUUACAAAUUUGUUUUAAGCAAUCUUUUUUUUUAAUUGUGAUACUACCUUUCUGCUGGGGUGAAAUCGUUUAUCUACGAAACUUACAGUAGAAAUAAAAAAACAUGGCGUUAUUCACUCUCCUGGCAUAGUCUUGUCAGCAGUUCUCUGAUUCAGUAACUCAUUGAAGGAAGGACGUGAGAGUGGAGGCCCUUACAUCCUAAUUUCAAAGCAUAUUUGUUGACAAAUGUUAAAAGGAAAACAUAUUUUUUCAGACUAGAGUUUUGUAUAAAUGUAUAUUGAUGUAAUAAUUUAUAAUUUUCAAUAUUUUUCUAUUUUAUGCUUGUGCAACGUUUCUUUUCACUACUCAAAAUUUUGUUUUACUCUCUCUUUCUUUCAGUAAGGCACAGAAUUUCUGCAACUGACCUGUUUGUUUAUGUAUCUCUCAGAAGUCUUACAUUUGAAAUUUUACUUCAUGUUUACCUCCGUUGUUAAAUUAAAAUUAUGACCACUUAAACAAAUAUCUCCUAUACCUUCCUUGAUUCACAACAUUAAAAUGGUAAUUUGUUUCACAGGGUAUUGAAUUGAAACUUAAAUGAUGUAAAUUUGUUCUCACCCACCUCAUUUGUUUACCCUAAGGUCUAUAGUGUGUUAUCUUUUGAACUGCUUUUCAUGAGGCAGUGUUGGAAGAACCAUGUGGCAUCAUAGCUUCUUGUGAUUUGCGACUUUGGUACUUACCAUUUGAAAUAUAGACUUGUAUUUUAUUAAUCAUAAACAGGAAAGGCUGUGCAGAUUCAUCAAAUGUGGAAAAUUAAUCGAAACCUUUUUAUGUCUUCUGUUUUGAAGUAAAUACAAAGUGUACCCGUCCAAUUAAUUUCUUUCCAUAUUCUCAGAACUAGAAUUAUACAGCAAAUUUUCAGCUUUUGUAAGUUAUGUAAAUAAAGUUUACUGUACAUGAUUUCUA